AUGCCAGUUCGCAGAGGUCACGUGGCGCCACAAAACACCUUUUUGGGGACCAUCAUCCGGAAAUUCGAAGGGCAAAAUAAAAAAUUCAUCAUUGCUAAUGCCAGAGUGCAGAAUUGUGCGAUCAUCUACUGCAAUGAUAGCUUCUGCGAGAUGACGGGGUUCUCCCGGCCAGAUGUCAUGCAAAAACCCUGCACCUGCGACUUCCUUCAUGGACCAGAAACCAAAAGGCACCACAUUGCCCAAAUUGCCCAGGCAUUGCUUGGAUCGGAGGAGAGAAAAGUGGAAGUUACCUAUUAUCAUAAAGAUGGGUCUACCUUCAUUUGUAACACCCACAUCAUCCCAGUGAAAAACCAAGAAGGAGUGGCUAUGAUGUUUAUUAUUAGCUUUGAAUAUGUAACUGAUGAAGAAAAUGUGGAGUCUCCAGAGAAAUUCAGCCAGAUACUAACAGCCAAAGUUACAAACCGCAAACUUUUUGGAUUCAGGCUACCUGGAUGGAGUCUUUUUUCCUACAGAAAGCAAUCUUUGCCACAAGAAGAUCCUGAUGCAGUGAUUGUUGAUUCAUCAAAGCACAGCGACAACUCCAUGGCCAUGAAGCAUUUUAAAUAUCCUACGAAAGAAAGCUGCAGCCCCUCUGAAGGAGAUGACACCAAGGCACUCAUUCAACCAAGGACGUGUUCGCCUCCAGUGAAUAUAUCUGGGCCUCUAGAUCAUUCAUCACCAAAACAGCAGUGGGAUCGACUGUACCCGGAUAUGCUGCAUUCCAGCGCAGCAUUGACUCUUGCUCAAUCAAAAGAGAGCAUCAGUAGUAUAAGGAGGGCAUCUUCAGUGCACAACAUAGAAGGAUUUACCAUCCAUCCGAAGAACAUGUUUAGAGAUCGGCAUGCUAGUGAAGACAAUGGUCGCAAUGUCAAAGGUCCUUUUAACCAUAUCAAGUCAAGUCUGUUAGGAUCGACAUCUGAUUCAAACCUCAACAAAUACAGCACCAUCAAUAAGAUUCCCCAGCUCACUCUAAACUUUUCUGAUAUCAAAAAUGAAAAAAAGGCAUCAUCACCUCCAUCAUCAGAGAAAACAAUUAUUGCACCCAAAGUGAAAGAAAGAACACACAAUGUCACUGAAAAGGUUACCCAGGUCCUCUCUUUGGGUGCUGACGUCCUGCCAGAAUACAAGCUCCAAACACCCCGCAUCAACAAGUUUACGAUAUUGCACUACAGUCCUUUCAAAGCCGUCUGGGAUUGGCUCAUUUUACUGCUUGUGAUCUACACUGCCAUCUUCACCCCUUACUCGGCUGCCUUCCUUCUCAACGACAGCGAAGAACAGAAGAGGCGGGUGUGUGGCUAUUCCUGCAACCCCUUGAACAUGGUAGACUUAAUUGUGGAUAUUAUGUUUAUCAUUGACAUUCUCAUAAACUUCCGAACGACAUAUGUCAACCAGAAUGAAGAAGUGGUAAGUGACCCGGCGAGAAUAGCCAUUCACUACUUCAAAGGCUGGUUCCUAAUUGACAUGGUUGCUGCAAUACCUUUUGACCUGCUGAUCUUUGGAUCGGGCUCGGAUGAGACAACAACUCUCAUUGGCCUUCUGAAGACAGCCCGUCUACUGCGUUUAGUGAGGGUUGCCCGCAAACUGGACAGAUACUCGGAAUAUGGUGCGGCUGUCUUGAUGCUACUGAUGUGCAUAUUUGCACUCAUUGCUCACUGGCUGGCUUGCAUUUGGUAUGCCAUUGGGAAUGUUGAAAGGCAUUACUUGUCUCGUAAAAUCGGUUGGUUGGAUUCCCUCGGACAGCAGCUGGGAAAACAUUACAAUCGGAGUGACGGCAGCUCAGGACCAUCCAUCAAAGACAAAUACGUCACCGCACUUUAUUUUACCUUCAGCAGCCUGACCAGUGUAGGAUUUGGAAAUGUGUCUCCAAAUACCAACUCAGAGAAAAUCUUUUCUAUUUGCGUCAUGCUGAUUGGCUCAUUAAUGUAUGCAAGCAUUUUUGGAAACGUAUCUGCAAUAAUCCAAAGGCUAUAUUCUGGAACGGCACGGUAUCACAUGCAGAUGCUACGUGUGAAAGAGUUCAUUCGCUUUCAUCAGAUUCCCAACCCACUGAGGCAGAGGCUCGAAGAAUAUUUCCAGCAUGCGUGGACGUACACCAAUGGCAUUGACAUGAACAUGGUCCUAAAGGGGUUUCCAGAAUGUUUGCAAGCUGAUAUAUGUCUCCACCUCAACCAAAGUUUACUUCAAAAUUGCAAAGCUUUCGAGGGGGCGAGUAAAGGGUGUCUCCGGGCUCUGGCUAUGAAGUUUAAAACUACGCAUGCACCUCCUGGGGACACACUAGUCCAUUGUGGGGAUGUCCUGACUGCACUUUACUUCCUUUCCCGAGGCUCCAUUGAAAUCCUCAAGAAUGACAUGGUUGUAGCAAUUCUUGGCAAAAAUGAUAUUUUUGGAGAAAUGGUCCAUCUUUAUGCAAAACCAGGAAAAUCAAAUGCAGAUGUGAGAGCACUAACCUACUGUGACUUACAUAAAAUCCAGCGAGAAGACUUGUUAGAAGUUUUGGAUAUGUAUCCUGAAUUUUCAGACCUGUUUCUCACCAAUUUAGAACUCACUUUCAACUUGAGACAUGAAAACGCAAAAGCUGAUCUUGCAAUAAGGCGACAGACCACAAAUGAUUCGAAUGGAGACAGUGGUAAACUCCGAAGAAGGAAAUUGUCUUUUGAAAGUGACAUGGAUAAAGAUUAUGACAAAGAAGAUGAGAAUUCCAUGGACAACAACCAGCAUUGUCAGGCCAUCGAGAAACAUUAUGUGGAAAAGAGAAGCAGGUCAUCAUCUUCUGUGUCAUCGACAGAUGAUGAGCAGAAACCUUUUUUUUCUGAGAUCAUAGGCUACCCAGCUGGACUAGGCAAGGCUGCAGUAUUGGAUUUUGAGGAAAUGGUGAAUGCAACAGAAAGACUCCAAAGUGAUCGACGAAGUCACUCCUGUAAAGAUAUCAGGGACAGGAGAACCUGGGAGGAAGAGCAGAGCAGAAGUCACCAAGAAUCCUCUUGUCCAUCCGCAUUACCUCCUGUCACCUGGGGGAUCUCUGAAACAGAAAGUGAAAUCAACUAUGGCGAAGUGGAGCAGAGGCUAGAUCUACUUCAAGAGCAACUCAGCAGGCUUGAAUCCCAAAUGACAGCUGACAUUCAAACCAUCUUACAGCUGUUGCAGAGACAGUCAGCCCUCAUCCCACCUGCUUAUAGCAUGGUGAUGGCAAAUGCAGAUUACCAGAAACCAGCUGUCCGGCUAUUGCGACGUCUUCAUCCCAUCGCAUCAAUUAAAACAGAUCGAAGCUUCAGUCCUUCACAGGGUCCCAAAUUCUUGGAUCUUGACAAAUUGAAAGAGAAAUCCAAAGAAUCCCUCUCAAGUGGAGAGCAUCUUCACCUGGCCUCGGAAGAUAACCUGGCUUCCCUUUUGGAACAGGAGCACGACUGCUCUGUAGAGCCAGUCCCAUCACUCCGUAAGACCUACCUCCACCCAAAUAGGCACCCAUCCUUGCCCGAAUCUCCCCUAAGCACGACAGGAAUGUUGGGUCUCCAUAGGCAUGUCUCUGAUCCUGGUCUUCCUGGGAAAUGA